AUGCGGGACGAUCGUUCAGUGCUAGACCUCCAAUCAUCAAGUACGACGGUGAAGACUUUAGGAUUGCAAUGGAAUGUGACGGCCGACGAAUUUCAAUUCAGCUUUCCCCAAUGGAAGUCGGAUGCUGCGAGUAUCACCAAGCGAAGCAUUCAUUCCGAUGCAGCUUGCCUUUUUGACCCUUUGGGAUUAGUUGGCCCAGUCGUCGUGCAAGCAAAACUCUUCAUCCAGCAGCUUUGGCGGCUGAAAUGCGGCUGGGACGACCCUUUGGACGAAUCGAUGCAACAAAUGUGGAAAGAAUACCGGCAGAACCUCAUGGCGCUCGAAACUCUAACAGUUCCUCGUUGGAUAGGAUUCAGCAACGAUUGCGCUUUUGUCCAACUGCACGGAUUCAGUGAUGCGUCGUCUGUCGCAUACGGAGCCUGUCUCUAUCUUCGAUGCCUUGCUUCAGACGGUACUGUCACUGUGCGGCUAAUCACAUCCAAGUCCCGGGUAGCUCCUUUAGAGUCUUCGGAACAGAAAAAGAAGAAACUGACUAUCCCUCGUCUCGAGCUGUCAGGUGCGUUGCUACUGAGUCACCUCUACGAAAAAUUCAGUCAAGUGAAACCUGUACCUGCUGCAUUCUUUUGGACAGAUUCCACAAUUGUGAAGCACUGGCUAGGAUCAGCUCCUUCUCGUUGGCAAAUAUUUGAUGCCAAUCGUGUAUCCGAGAUACAGCAUCUCACACAAGGUGGAAUUUGGAAUCACGUGGCUGGAAUUGAAAAUCCGGCCGACUUGAUCUCUCGUGGGAUGUCGCCAGCCCAACUCCAAUACGAGAGGCGCUGGUUCGAAGGUCCUCAGUGGUUAUCUCAGGACCAGGGGUACUGGCCUCAAUCAAAUCAAUCUUCUGCGGAGUCAGUUGACUCGACACUACUUGAAGAACGGUCCACACAAGCUCUAUCUACCCACGGAACCAAGUCGAGUGAAGUUUUCGGGCUACGAUGGUCGUACCAGGAGCUUCUGCGCAUGGUAGCACUCUUGUUACGCUUCAGGUACAACACUCAACCUUCAAAUCGGAAUUCGAGGAACACAGGUCCGCUGUCUCCGGAAGAACUAGAAGAAGCCAUGAUGACCUUAGUGCGCCAAUCGCAGCAAGACAGUUUUUUUGAAGAACUUGCCAAUCUCAACAAAAACGGAGAGGUCAAAUCCUCGUCUAGAAUCAAGUCACUCCGUCCAGUACUGCUAUCUGGUGUAAUGUGUGUGGGCGGUCGGCUUGCCAAUGCACCUGUUUCCGAACAUAGAAAACAUCCGUUUAUCCUGGACCACCGCCACCCGUUGGCGCUAGCUUUGGCAAGGCACUAUCACCACAAGUUCUACCAUGCUGGACAACAGCUACUCAUCUCCAUUCUGCGUGAAAGAUUCUGGCCAACUAAUGCCAGCAGUUUGGUAAGAAAGGUCAUCCAUGGAUGCAUUCCAUGCUUUAAAAGCAAGCCGAAAGUCUUAGAUCAACUAAUGGCAGAUCUCCCAGCAGAGCGGGUCACGCCGUCAGCUCCAUUCCUUAAGGUCGGCGUGGACUAUUGCGGUCCCUUUUUUGUUAGUUACCCGAACCGGAGAGCCAAGCCGGUGAAAUGUUAUGUCGCAGUAUUCGUCUGCCUAUCAGUGAAGGCAAUACAUCUGGAACUUGUGGCGGAUCUAACAACACAAGCAUUCAUUGCAGCACUCAGGCGCUUCGUUUCGCGACGUGGCAGACCGCAACUCAUCAUGUGCGAUAAUGCCACAACAUUUGUUGGUGCAAACCGGGAGCUGAGGCAGCUCUACAAGCAGCUUAACGAAAGAGAAUUCCAAGAUCCAGUAAUCAAAGAAGCUGCAAACGAUGGCAUUACUUUUAAAUUCAUCCCCCCGCGUACGCCCAACUUUGGCGGGCUGUGGGAGGCCCAGGUAAAGUCUUUUAAAGCCCAUCUCAAGAAAUCAGUUGGGCUCCGAACGCUAAAGAACGACGAAAUGCUGACAGCUUUAGCACAAAUUGAGGCGGUUUUGAACUCAAGACCAAUGACAGCAAUCAGCAGUGAUCCAUCCGACUACGAGGCCCUAACACCGGGGCAUUUUUUAGUUCAACGUCCGUUAACAGCUGUAGCAGAGCAGAAUUUCGACGAUGUGUCGAUCAAUCAACUGAAAAUAAUCGCGUGA